AUGGCACCCGAUCGGACUGGGAAGAGUGUAUUCCUGGGGAAUAUUCCCUACAACCUCACUGAGGAACAGGUCAAAGAUAUCCUCAGCACAGCCGGCACCGUGACCAAGUUUCGACUCAUGAUGAACCCAGAGACCGGCAAACCCAAGGGAUAUGGCUUCGCAGAUUUUGCAGACGCUGACGCUGCCGCCUCGGCGGUCCGCAAUCUCAAUGACCACGAAGUAAUGGGGCGCAAAAUCCGUGUCGAUUGGCCUCACAAUAAUGAGAAAGACUCCAUACCCCCGGAUUACUCGCAACAGUCACAAUCAAUGAUGAACCAAGAUCCCAUUCAGCAGCAACAAAUUCCAGGCUCAGCACCGCUGCCCCCUCUUCCACCAGGCGUGGAGCUGCCCCCUCAAAUCGACUGCCCGAAUGCCAUUUCACACACACUCGCAUCCCUCCCCCCAAAUCAGUUGCUCGACGUCCUGACACAAAUGAAGUCUUUGGCGGUUGCAGACCCAGCCCGUGCCACUGAGCUGUUACGCCAAGCACCUCAGCUCGCAUAUGCCGUUUUCCAGGCUCUGCUUCUCAUGAACCUGGUUGAAUACCAACUGCUUGGUUCUAUUGUCGAACAGGCUGCUCAACCUCCUCAAGUCUCUCAACCCCCUCAACAAUUCCAGCAAUAUGGUGUUCCUGCCCAAAUCUCUACCCCUCCCGUCACCGGCACUCCUUUCGCCCCUCCGCCAGCUCAAUCUGCUGCCCCGAUGCACGGCCAGGAAGAACUACUUCAACAAGUCCUUAGCAUGCCCCAGGCUGCUAUUGAUGCCUUACCUCCUAUGGAAAGGAGUCAAAUUAUGCUUCUAAGACAGCAACUUAUGCAAAGUGGCAUGCGGUAG